ACCGAGUGCAGAGGUGGCGGAGUAACGGCGAGGAGCCAUGGCUGCUGUGGUGGCGGCGGCGGCCGUGCGGGCCCGGAUCCUGCAGGUUUCUUCCAAGGUUCAGUCCACCUGGUAUCCAUCCUCUUCCUUCUCCUCUUCUUCAGUGUCAACUGUGAAACUCUUCAUCGAUGGGAAAUUCGUGGACUCCAAAAGUGACAAAUGGAUUGAUAUCCACAACCCAGCUACCAAUGAGGUCAUCGGUCGGGUUCCUCAGGCCACCAAGGCUGAAAUGGACGCAGCCGUUGCUUCUUGCAAACGUGCUUUUCCCGCAUGGGCAGACACUUCCGUGUUAAGCCGUCAGCAGGUCCUGCUCCGCUAUCAGCAGCUCAUUAAAGAAAACUUGAAAGAAAUCGCCAAGUUAAUCACGUUGGAACAAGGGAAGACCCUAGCAGAUGCCGAAGGAGAUGUGUUUCGAGGCCUUCAGGUGGUUGAGCAUGCCUGUAGUGUGACGUCCCUCUUGCUGGGAGAGACCAUGCCAUCCAUCACCAAAGACAUGGACCUUUUCUCGUAUCGUCUGCCCCUGGGCGUGUGUGCAGGCAUUGCUCCGUUCAACUUUCCUGCCAUGAUCCCUCUAUGGAUGUUUCCAAUGGCUAUGGUGUGUGGAAAUACCUUCCUAAUGAAACCAUCAGAGCGAGUUCCCGGAGCAACUAUGCUUCUUGCUAAAUUGCUCCAGGACUCUGGUGCCCCUGAUGGAACUCUGAAUGUCAUCCAUGGACAGCAUGAUGCCGUGAAUUUUAUUUGUGAUCAUCCGGACAUCAAAGCAAUCAGCUUUGUGGGAUCCAACCAGGCAGGAGAGUACAUCUUCGAGAGAGGGUCGAAACAUGGCAAGAGAGUUCAAGCCAAUAUGGGAGCCAAGAACCAUGGAGUGGUCAUGCCAGAUGCCAACAAAGAAAAUACCCUGAACCAGCUGGUUGGAGCAGCAUUUGGGGCUGCUGGUCAGCGCUGCAUGGCUCUUUCAACAGCGAUCCUGGUGGGAGAAGCCAAGAAGUGGCUGCCAGAACUAGUGGAGCGAGCCAAGAAUCUGAGAGUCAGUGCAGGGGACCAGCCUGGAGCUGAUCUUGGCCCUCUGAUUACUCCCCAGGCCAAAGAGCGAGUCUGUAAUCUGAUUGACAGUGGAACCAAGGAAGGGGCGUCCAUCCUUCUUGAUGGACGAAAAAUUAAAGUCAAAGGCUAUGAACAUGGCAACUUUGUUGGACCAACUAUCAUCUCAAAUGUCAAGCCAAACAUGACCUGUUACAAAGAGGAAAUUUUUGGUCCAGUUCUUGUGGUGCUGGAGACAGACACAUUGGAUGAAGCCAUCAAGAUUGUCAAUGACAACCCUUAUGGAAAUGGAACCGCCAUCUUCACCACCAAUGGAGCCACUGCUCGGAAAUAUUCCCAUUUGGUGGAUGUUGGACAGGUGGGUGUGAACGUCCCCAUUCCAGUGCCUUUGCCAAUGUUCUCAUUCACCGGCUCUCGAUCGUCCUUCAGAGGAGACACCAAUUUCUAUGGCAAACAGGGCAUCCAAUUCUACACUCAGCUGAAGACCAUCACUUCCCAGUGGAAAGAAGAAGAUGCCACUCUUUCCUCACCCGCAGUAGUCAUGCCUACCAUGGGCUGUUAGAAACAAGUUUUGUCCAGGCUCAGGCCAUCCUGAGUUAUCUCCCUUUAUUCUCUGCCAACUUCAUUUGCCAACUUUCUCCCAAUAAUUAACUGUACCCUGGGAUUGAAAUACCUUAUCACUAAAACCUUUCUCAGGACCAUUAGUCAAUGCAAAGUUGUGAUAGGGAGACAUCUAGUGUAACUUUAAAACCAGUUUUUUAUUCACUCUUCCUACUUCUAUUUUGAGGUAACUGUAACUAUGAAAUGCUUAUUUGGAAUGAGAGCUUAAGAUCUGUUUUCUAAAGACUGUUCCUCUUUCUUUAAAGUUUGUGUAUGUAAGGGUCUUCUAAUUCUAAUAAUUAGAAGAGAAAUUUUUGGGUGGGGAUAUUGGACAGAAAUCAUUCAGCCUUUGGUUGAUUUCUCAAACACAGCCUGACAUAAAUGCUGGUGGGGGAAACCCCUCGGCCAAGUUUUCCUGAGCCUCCAGUUUAUCCCACAAUAGGCAAAAUGCAUUUCUACUUUUCCCAAAGGUGUGGCAACUUCUCUCCUUCUCUGCUGAAUGCCAUGUUGUUUUCCUAGUAAUUCAGAACCACUAUUUCAUUCUAUCAUUGCCAGUGUUCUUGCAGCUUAACAUUACCACUUCUCAAGGAUACCUCAGUAUGCAUUGGAUAAAGCAACUUUUUUGUUCUGUGUGCCAAGGGUUAAACUUCAGAGUUUGUUCCUGGAAUCAUUAGUUAAUGCUUCUGCCAUUAAGUAAGACUUUAAAGAUGAAAAAAAAAAGUUUUCAGAAUACUUCUAUCAACAGUUACUACAGGCCCAGAAAUCAAGGGGGUGUUGUAACUGUGAAAAAUGGAUUAAGACUCUUGCCUUGAGCAAGAUUAGCCUGAUAUUGCUUGCCUUACUAGAAUUGUAUAUGUUCUUCUUUUCUCUUGCUUGCAUUUCUCAUUAGUGAUACUUUUUAAUGAAAGAGCACUUAAAUUUGAGUAGUUGGUGUGCUGGACAGAAUGGAUUCUUUUUGUUCUACCAUCCCCACUGAACCCUGACUUUCUGAUAUGGUUUUCACCCGGUGGACUAGCGGCUGCUGGCUCUGAGAGAGUACUGUCCGGUGCUCAGCCUGAUGGGAUAGGUCAGUGGUUUAUCUGCUUCCUCAUUAGCCACUUGGAUAGUGCUAACUACUCCAUGGGGCUUAUUCAGUGAGUUAUGGAUGGUGAGAAACUUUCAAAAUAUUUGUGCAGUCUAUAGACUUUUAUCAGAAUUGUUCAUCAUUAAAGGUGACUGAAUUUUAAUAAAAUGCACUUAAGACCUAGUGAGGCAAGAGGCAUUUAUCUUCUGAAAAUAGACUGCCUUGUUUUUUUCCCAGGGAGCCCUGGUAGCACAGUAGUUAAAACAUCCUGCUGCUAACCAAAAGUCACAGAUUUAAACCCACCCGCCAGAAAGGUGUGGCAGUGUGCUUUCAUAAAGAUGUACCCACUUGGAAACCCUUUAGAGUGUUUCUAGUCUGCCCCAAUGCGUUGCUAUGAGUUGGCAUCGACUCAACAGCAGGGGAUUGGUUUUAGCUCCAGCACAGCUUGCACCUGGUAGUGAUACUUAAUCCAGUCCAACAGCUAUCGACUGGGUUGAAUAGUAGGUCAUAUUGUCUAAAUUCCAAAUGGAAUUAAAUAUAUUCAUAGAGGCUCCUACGUUUUCCUUACAUCUAAGGGAAAUCACUUUUAAAAAAAUAUUAAUUUGAAUUAUAUCGCUCUCAUUGGAAUAUUUCUUUUUGCUCACUUGACCAGCUACUUGCUGCUCAGAAGAGUUUCUUGUUUCUAAUGAAGAAAAAAAAUCUGUACACCUAAAACAUUGCUAUUAGUGGGUUAUAAACUUAAUUUCUUAUAAACUUCAUUUCCUUUUUGCUCUGAUAUGAUCUCAUUUCUCAGAUAAUAUGCUAUGUGAAUUAUGAAUUUAAAAAUUACAAAUAAAAAUCUCCUAGAGAAAAAAUCUGA